UAAGAUUUCAUACAGAGCAGUUGUGCAGUGCUAAAUUUUCAAAUUUCCCUAGCAUUUUUUGUUUAUUUAGCAAUUAAAGACCAAUAGAUUAAACAAAAAUGCUGCUGGAAUGUUUGAUAGCUUUGGUGAUUUUUGGCAUUUGGUUCUAUCGUUGGGGUACCAAAAAUAAUGAUUUUUUCAAGAAUCGCAACAUAGCCUAUGAAAAGCCUGUAUUUCUUAUGGGCAGUGGGCAAGAGGUUUUGAUGCGGAAAAAGACGGCAUUCCAAGUUCUGUGCGAAUAUCAUCAAAAGUUUGAUGGAAUCGUCUAUGGAGCCUUUGACAGCCGUCAACCAGUUUUUGUGGUACGCGAACCAGAAAUGGUCAAACACAUUUUAAUCAAGGAUUUUGAUCAUUUUGUAAAUCGCAACAAUUUUCUACCCCCCAAUCGCAAUGAUUUGUUUGCCAACUCUCUAAUUAUGAUGGAAAAUGAUGAAUGGCGUGACAUGAGAAAUACUUUGAGUCCUGCUUUUACUGGCAGCAAAAUGCGUCAAAUGUUCGAUUUGAUGUUGCAGACUGUGGAUGAGGCCAUGACCUAUCUGAGAGAUGAAUACAAGCAGGAGGAUGUUGCGAAUGGUUUCGAGGUGGAUGUUAAGGAUCUGACCACUCGCUUGACCAAUGACAUAAUUGCCUCGACAGCUUUUGGCCUGCAGGUGAACUCAUUUCGGGAUAAGGAAAAUGAGUUUUACAUGAAAUCGAAGGAUGCUACAUCACUUUCAAGUUCUCAACAACUGAAAUUGUUCUUUAUGAUGCUUUUUCCCGAGGUGGUAGAGUACUUUAACAUAACUUUUCUUGGUAAAGAAUUCAGUGAUUAUGCCAAACAUUUGGUCCUCGAUGCCAUGAAGUAUCGCCAAGAGAAUAAAAUACAUCGUCCCGAUAUGAUUAAUCUGUUAAUGGAGGCCCGUGGCAUGAUAGCCACCGAUGUGCAGAAAUCUCAUUUUCGUCAAUGGUCCGAUAUUGACGUUGUGGCCCAAUGUGUACUCUUUCUCUUUGGCGGAUUUGAAACAUCAUCCAGUAUUAUGAGUUUUGCAGCCCAUGAGCUAAUGGAGUAUCCUGAAGUACAAGAGAAACUGUUUGAAGAAAUCCAAGAAAUCCACCAACAGCUACAGGGUAAAGCUGUCACCUAUGAAGCACUAAAUAAAAUGACCUACCUCGACAUGGUAUUCUCUGAGGUCUUAAGAAAAUGGCCAGUGGGUUUGGUCUCCGAUAGAACCUGCACCAAAGAUUAUGAAUAUGUUUCGCCUACAAGUGGAGAAAAGAUUUCCAUAAAGAAGGGUGAAUUGGUGCGCAUACCCUCUUGUGCCCUACACAGAGAUGCCAAGAACUUUGAAAACCCCGAGGUCUUUGAUCCCGAACGUUUUAGUGCAGAAAAUAAAUUGAAAAUAGUAGCCGGCACUUAUUUGCCAUUUGGUUUGGGUCCACGCAACUGCAUUGGAAACCGUUUUGCCACUUUGGAGGUGAAGGCGUUUCUUUACUACUUGGUUCGUGAUUAUAGUUUGGAAGCUUCUCCCAAAACUUGUCUUCCCAUGGAAUUGGAUACUAAGAGUAUGACUAUGAAACCAAAAACUGGAUUUUGGCUACAAUUGAGACCUAGAAAUCAUACAAGGGGCGCAAAAAUGUUAUGGGAACUAUUAUUGAUACUGGGGGUCGCUGGUUUUUUCUUCUAUCGUUGGGCUACUAAGAAUUACAAUUUUUUCAAAGAGCGCAAUAUACCGCAUGAUAAACCCAUUUUUCUAUUGGGCAGUAACAUAGAUGUGACUUUGAAACGAAAGACGGGCUUUGAAGUGUUGUGUGAAAUAUAUCAAAGGCAUGAUGGAAUCGUCUAUGGGUGUUAUGAAAAUCGAGAUCCCAUACUGAUGAUACGAGAUCCCGAUAUGAUCAAACACAUUAUGAUCAAGGAUUUCGAUCAUUUUGUCAAUCGGCGACAGUUUUUUAAAACAGACAAUGGUGACCUUCUAACCAAUUCCAUAUUUAUGAUGGAAAAUGAAAAAUGGCGUGAUAUGCGUAGCACACUGAGUCCUGCUUUUACCGGCAGCAAAAUGCGUCAAAUGUUCCAGCUUAUGUUGCAGACUGUGCAUGAGGCCAUGACAUAUUUGAGAGAAGAACAAACGAAAGUGCUCGACGUCAUGGAGCAGGGUUUCGAAGUGGAUGUCAAGGAUUUAAGUACACGCUUAACCAAUGACAUCAUAGCCUCUACCGCCUUUGGUUUACAAGUGAAUUCUUUUCGAGAUAAGGAAAAUGAGUUUUACAUUAAAGCCAGAGAUACCACAAGUUUUAAAGGCUUACAAAUGUUAAAAAUGGUUUUUAUGAUGCUUUUGCCAAAUGUAGCUGGGUUCUUAAAAAUUAGAAUUUUCGAUAAAGCCUUUAUCGAUUAUUUUAUGCAUUUGGUCUUGGAUGCUAUGAAAUAUCGCCAGGAGAAGAACAUACAUCGUCCGGACAUGAUCAAUCUGCUUAUGGAGGCACGUGGCAUGAUACCCAGCGAUGUACAAAAAACCCAUUUUCGUCAAUGGACUGAUGUGGAGGUGGUGGCUCAAUGCUUUCUAUUUUUCUUUGCCGGUUUUGAGCCCUCUUCGGGUGUAAUGAGUUUUGCUGCCCAUGAGCUCAUGGAAUAUCCUGAAGUUCAGGAAAAAUUGUUUGCCGAAAUCCAAGAAGUGGAUGAGCAACUGCAGGGUAAGCCCGUAACUUAUGAGAUUCUACAGAAAAUGACCUACAUGGAUAUGGUGGUGUUGGAGGUUUUGCGUAAAUGGCCAGUGACUUUGGUCACGGAUCGUACCUGCAACAAGGAUUAUGAAUAUGUGUCACCUGCCACUGGGGAACGUAUUGCCAUUAAAAAAGGCGAAUUGGUGCGCAUAGCCAUGUGUGCGGUGCAACGUGAUCCCAAGUACUAUGAAAAUCCUGAAGUCUUAGAUCCCGAAAGAUUUAGUGACGAGAAUAAAUCCCAUAUAGAUAGUGGUACAUAUUUGCCCUUCGGCUUGGGUCCUAGAAAUUGUAUAGGAAACCGUUUUGCUUUGUUGGAGGUCAAGGCAUUCCUGUAUUAUCUCUUGCGUGAUUAUCGUUUGGAGGCGUCUCCCAAAACUUGUUUACCCCUGGUACUGGAUCCCACUAGUGUACAAUUGCUGCCCAAAAAUGGCUUUUGGCUUAAAUUGAAGCCCAGAAAGUUAUGAAUAUGGAUGUAGAUAUGGUUGUACUCGUAUAUCAUUC